ACUGCAGACUGCCUCUCUCUCUCUCUCUCUCUCUCUCUCUCUCUCUCUCCCCCUCUCUCUCACUCCCCCUCCACCGCGGCCCUCUCCCCCACCACUUCACAUUUAUGAGUUAAAGGACAUUAACCGACUUAUUGAGUCAUAAACUAAUAUGGUCCAUUAGAUGAAUAUCUCUCGGUGAUAAUUAAAACAAUAUGCUAAUAUACUAAUAAUAACAAUACAAUUCUAACCAGUAAUUCUACCAAUUCACUAAGGUAAAAUCGAGGGGUCCACAACGAGGCCAUUGUCUCCAUCCAUUAAGUCCAAUCAUGGGCCCGCCCGGUGGUUUAACAUGGAUGUCCACUUUCUGCUCACCAGACGUGAAAUUGAUGCUUAACAGGCUGGAACCCUGGACCGUAAAUUUGAAUGUCAUUUCCACUUCUCCAUAUGAGGGUGUAAUUAGUUUUUCGCAAUGCGCCGUCCGUGGAAACAAUCGCGAUAAUGAAAUGCGCGUCGGCCUUCGACCCUGUUUUUAAGAUGGGGGGGGGUCAUAAAAAGUGUUACCGCAGCAUUCAAUUAAAUUGUGCCAACCCUGGUGUGCGCCUGCAGCUCAUGGUCAGGUUGUUUAGCAUUCUGUAGACUAAUAUGACACCUAUUAUCAGUCUGUUAAUGCCGCUGGUCUAUUUAUGCUCACGCACACGCAUUCUGCUGCGCGUGAGUUUGUUCUCCGAUAGCCAAUGCUGCGUAAUUGGUUUGUCCAGUUUAUUGUCAAAUUGAAAGAUUAUCCAAUUUGAAAAAUUAAAGAUAAUUCGGGAAGGUCCAAAGCCGCAAAAAGAAAAUGGUCGCCUUCUCGAUAAACCAAUAAACUGGUUUGAAGGGCUAAAUUGAAUAAAUAAUCAAAUCACAUGACAAAUUAAUUAUAGGGGCGAAUGUUACAGGCCAUAUCCAUUAAUGGAAGUUGUUCAGUGAAACCCAGAACGUGUUAUUUAAAUACAAGUGUAUUGACCAUUUUGAAUGACUUUAUAGCAUGAAACGUUUACCAGCUUUGCCAAAUGCAUUUGUGAACAAAUAGUGUCGAGGUAUUAGCAAGUUGGGCUUUUUUGAAUUGUGUUCACUAUUUUUUGCCUUCCAUACAUUGAUCACCAAGACAAACGAGUUUAAAAAAAAACGCAACUUUUACUUUGAAGGGGAAACCUUGCGUUUUCCGGCUCUGCACUUCCCCGACUCUUCUUAGCGUGAAUUUAAGUAACAAUCCGAAGGUUUUUUGCAUUGCACGUGUUCUUACAAUAGAACACAAGUCAGUGCCUCUAAACUGACAUUCUAGAGUCCUUUCGGUGUGCCAUGGCAACCCGCCAAAUAAUGUUUCCUUACAAAAAGCUGGUUAGAAAUAAACCAUCGGCCGGCCGUAAAGAAAAGCUUGUGCGUGUGGACAACAACACGGAGACAACAUGAUGCCGUGGGGAAGGUCUCGCAUCGCGACAGCCACUCCAAAACACUUGGUGGGUGCGUUCGCGCCGUUUCCGCGCUCCACGUGGAUCCACGCUGACGUCCCGCGGGACAACUACGACCGCAUCUGCGAAAAAAUCUGGAGAGCAGCAAACGAGGCCGAGGAGGAGUUUGGCAGAGGAGCAAGUCCACCAGAGAGGCAGAGGGAUGAAGAGGGCAGGAGAGUAGACGACACACCAACUCAUCGGGCCAAGGAGCAGCAGAAGGAGGCAGAUGACUUUGGUCUGAGCACACGCUACGAGGAGGACGCGCAGCGGCACCACACAGCCUUCGCACUUCCUUGCCCCCGUCUCUCGGGCCACAGACCUCCCCCUGUGGCCGAGCCUGCACGGGAACUGAAGCCUGUGAUGGAAAAAGAGAUGAAACGAGCCAGGGAGGCGAGAGGGAACGCGGGUUUGUCACGUCGGGAGGAAGAAGCGGGAGACGGACAAACUAGCGUGUCAAAUGACGUUAAGGGGAUCAUUGUCCCGGAAUCCACCGGCAGAGAAAACAGCUCUGAACCUCAACCUCAACCUCCGGCGCCGGAUCCAGUCUGCUCUGCCACUGCGGACCGAACCCUGCGCCUGGAGGAUGAUGAAGAUCCUCAGCAUGCUGCAUGCGAAAGCAGAGAUGGCGAGAAUACAACUAGCAGUUGCGACAGUGAUUCCAGCGAUGAUGAUGAUGAUGAUGAUUUUGUAAGCCUACCUGGGGCGAGAAGUUAUGCCACAGAUAACAGUCGUGGUGAAUCAGAGAGUGAAAACGACAGUGACGGAGAGAUAAGUGAGAUGUUGCGCUCACUUGAAGGAGCAUGUUCCAACAGCGAGCAGGAUUCCCUGUGUUCUUUCACAGCGGAAGACUUUCCACUCCUAUCUGCCACAAAGGCUGGCAACCCACCACGUCCCACGGAGCCCCCAGCCUGGGGGAAGAUGAAGAGCCACUGGGAGAUUCCCCUUUCAGCCUGGCCAUGCGACUUCCCCGCUGCCACUUUGGCAAGCUGCGUGACCGGCCGUGCCCAUGCUCCGGUCCGAGGCAAAGCCGGAGCACCUGAGGCGAGCUCGCUGAGCAACGCACCAGCAGCCCCAGAGGAGCAGCCUUACAACCUGCUGGCUGACUUCCCAGCCCUGCAGCCCUCAAAGAAACCUUUAGCACUGGGUGUGUGGCGUGAUGGGAAUCCAGAGACCAAGGUUGCGGAGGGGAACAGAGGGCACGCUCGCACAAAAAUCCAAUGCCAAGGAAGAGGGGGUUCCUGUCGGAGGAAAAUUCAAAUUGUUCCCCUCGAGGUCCCCUCCGUCUGCACACGAGAUCAAAAAUCCGUAGGCAAUUCUCCCACCGUCAGCGGCGAGGAACUGAAGGCCAGCAACCAGCCGACUCCUAGAGCAGUUUGCAGCGUCAUAACACAGCCCUGUGGAUUUAGCGGCACUGAGUCGAUCCCUCGAGGGGGCGCGGCCCAAAGAAUUCCCUUGCUGGGUACAGAUGGCGUGGACACCAAUGCCAGGUCCUGGGCCAGCGUUGCCAAGAUGGGCCUGGAGUAAGCAGCUGCCCCCCCGGAAGAAAGCCAGACCUUGUACCCUUCAGCAGAUAGUUACCGUUAACAUAGCCAAAGGUAGGGGCCACUGGUGAUAACGCAGCUGAGUGCACCUCUGAUCCCGAGGCGUCGCCCUGCGCCCGGACACAGUGGGGCGUCAACAGUCUGCACACAUUGUGUACGGCUAACAGCUAACCGAACCACCACUACACACACACACACACACACACACAGCUGACCACCUGUUGUCGUCCGCUGCCCCGCCGCCCCCUCUCUCUGAGUUUCAAGAACGCAUUUUUAACCAGCGGAACAAAUGUCUGACACGUUUCGUCGACCUCGUUGUGUCAAUUAAGCUGUAAACUAAUCUCCAUAAUAAAAUGUGUACUUUCGUAGCGAGCGCCUGACAAAUUGUGUUCCGUCUUGGCAAUAUCCAUUUCAUUAAGGUGAUACUGGUAUUUGAAUACAAACAAGGCUGCAGUUGUCUCACAACUCGGGUUGCCAGCGUGGCAGGUGUUCAAAUUGACGACGUCGGGCCAGCUGGAGCCGAUAUGAGUACCAACAAAAAACGGCGCGACUGGAGCAGUUUCACAAACUCUGCACGAGUCUGAACCGUUCCCUUUCUGGCGAUAUGCAAUAAAGAGGGUUAAGGGCGUUGGCACAUUUGUAUUAUUCUAAAAUAAAACCUAAUAUUACUCCUGCGGGAAUCACAGAACACGGAACCUGGAGGGAUGCUCCUUAUUAAAGGUGAUACUCAGAGCAUAUCCACAUAGAUUGAGGGAUUUCCUUCACACGCUAUGACGCUUUCAGCACUUUUUAUGUCAGAUUGCGACAGUGAUGCCGUUGGUUUUUCAAAAUGAACUUCAAACAUCUACUUAGUUGAGUAUUCUCUCGAGCGGGCUUGGAUGGACAGGAUACUACUACUACUACUACUAGAAUGCUACCCAAGUUCAUUAGGUCAAUCCAUUCCAAAUGCGGUGACUUCGGGUCAUUGUUUGCAACAAAUUCAGGACUUUGUUUCAAAAGAACGCUGUUAAAACUGAAAGUAUUCGAUCUCGUCGGUUUUUAGGUGUGUUUCUAGGUCGAGGAAAAGAAAGGCCUUGACGUCCACAAACUAUAUAAGCAAAGCACAGCAACACUCAAAUUAGAGGGAAUUAGAUUAGUAUGUUCUGCUUUAAAUGCUCAUAAUUUUAAAUGUUGCACAUUUAAGCCCAAGCCCGCCGAUAUUGUCCACCAAGCGUUUGUUUGAUGAAAUGCACCUUAUGUAUUUCUGUAAUUCAAGCACCUUGUUGACUUUUGAUAUCACAGCAGUUCUCUCUCUCUCUCUCUCUCUCUCUCUCUCUCUCUCUCUCUCAAGAGUGCUUUGCAUUCGGACGCCUAAUGAGCUAAUAUGCUAAUAAGCACGCAUGCAAGCUCUCAGCUAAUUUUCACUUUUGUUUCUGAUUACAUAUUGCGUAAUAAUCACUUAAAUUAUGCGUAAUGUAUGUUAAAUAUCAAGUCCUGCAUUAAACGCAAUCUAUUUUCAUCAAUUGAUCACAGCUAAUGCCAUUGUUCAUUGGUGUGGUUGAGUUGCGGCAAAUUGACUGAUUUGAUCGACAGAGACGCUGCGCUGGAGAAUCACAGCGACCACCAGACCACUUAGAAUUACACCGGCAAGCCGCUCAAAUCUUCUUCAGCUGAACAAAUUGCUUCGGACACUGACACAAGAACAAAUUAUUUCUCAAGGUCCAGAAAAAUAUUAAAACAGCUUUGAAGAAAUCUUAAUGAGUGCAAACUCUCAAUAGAGCAAGGACGCCCUUUAUGUUUUUGAAUAUCCAUGUAAAAUAUGAGGAAGAGUCACAGCUCUGCUUGACCAAAUGUUUCUAAGACGACGCACUGAGAAAACUGAGAUUCCGAAACGACAAAGAAGACAUGAAUACAACAGAAGAGAAAAGAAAGCAGUGUGCAGAAAUAUCUCACCAGGUCUUGUGUUUGUGUUAAAACUAAGUGAAAUACUAUAGAUUACCUAAUGAGGGCCUUAAAAAGCUUGGCACGUCCAGCACCAUCUCCGCUCCAUGCGCACGUGCUUGCUGAAGGCUUUUUGUGUAUGCAACCAUGCAACCAUAUGAAGGAAAAGUCAGCAUUACGGUGUCUCUGCCGGCCUCUCCCUAUCUUUCCUCAGUGGCAUUUGGGUAUUUGCUUUGCCGGUCCUGAGGUCUCACAAGCCUUGGAGACGUGAGAGAACCUUUGUACAUCAUAGCCUUCAGCGUCCUACCUUGCCGAGCAAGAGAAGGUAUAGGGAAGGACGGUGGGAGGGAGAAAGGGAGGACAGGGGGGGGAGACGAGGAAAGCGCAGAACAAGGGAGCAUAAAAAGCAUUCAAUUAAGACAUGAACUGGAGGGUUCAUUAAGCAUGAGCAAGCCGAUGAAAAUGACCAUCCAUCAAGAGAGAGUGCUGUGGCAGCGCUGAGAAGAGCGUGCAGGCAUCCGCCCAUUGGACAUACUCAAUUACUAUGGUGAGGAGAGAAAAAAUGCUCAUACUUGCCUGUUUGAAGAAGAAUGAAAACUAAUAGCACGCAGUAUAUAACUGGUGUAAACUGGAGUGAGUCAUAUAUUGAUUAUUCUAUAGACUUUGUGGCUUUCCUCCACUUAGUCUCACGUUGUGCCAUAAAAAAAGGGGUUUUAAGAGGGAGCAUUAAUUUUCCUGCUAAAAUCCAUUUUUUUCUUCAACUAAUUAAAAUGGUCCUACCAUUUGCUAUUUUACUGUACUACUUGUUGUCUACUUCAGCAGCAUCAUUGAGUGCUCCUGUGAGAUAAAGGGCUGAAUUUAAAUUUGCUUUGCUUCUACACAAAUGUCCAAAAUAAUCAGGGCGACUGCUCUUUCAAACAAGCCGUUACAUCAAGUUUUUAUAAAAAGAUACGCAUGUCCAAUGACCCUACGCACAUUGUGAAAUGAAGAUCGUUAAAAAACAUUUCCAAAUAAAUUAUAUCCUGUCAGAUUAGCAAUGACUUUUCAGGAGUUGUAGUUGUGAAGGUGUUAUAUGGAGAGAAAUCAAUGUGCGGCAAUAGGCCUUUUGAGACUCAUCCCCAAAAUCCCGUCCCACCCAUUUCCCCAGCACCAAAAGGCUCACACGUACACAUCUGAGGGACUGCGGUGCCUCAGUGUGGCCUUGCCCUCAAAAAACUCAAAGCUCUCACCCUUUUUAGCGGGUUCAGCUGUCACCGAAUGUGCUCUUAUUCCAACAACACACACCAGAUUCUUUCUUUUGAAAGUCUUUGUGCAAAGGGAUACAGCUCCUGGAUUUCUUUGUUUGUGGUUCGAUUGGGAAUGUGUGCUUUGGCCCUUUUUAAAUGAUCUUCCUUGAGAGCUUGGGAACCUGUAAAGCCCAAUGGUCACAGCAUCUGUUUGAGGCCAAAAUGGAUCUGUAUUCUGCACUUGGUGUGUCCUUGUACUAUGUGCAUGUGGAAAUAUGUGUCCCUGUGAAGAAAACGCCUGUUUGUAAAAACUCAUCCAUCGAGUGCUCUGAAAAUAAUUAAAAUACAUAUUUUGUAA